UUUCUGAGAAUCUUGGCGGAAAAUCGGAGAAUGGAGACAUAAAAGAGCUGAUGAAACUACUGGAAGACCCCCACAUGAAGAGCCUUCUGUCCGUCCAUGAUACAGUUGCUCAGAAGCGGUACGACCCUGAACUCCCUCCUCUGCCUGAAGUCAUCGAUGAUGAGGAGAAUUCAGUGAAGAUUAUCAGGCUGGUCAAAAACAAGGAGCCUCUUGGAGCAACAAUAAGACGUGACGAUAAUACAGGAGCCAUCAUUGUAGCUCGGAUCAUGAAAGGAGGAGCGGCCGACAGAAGUGGGCUAAUUAAUGCUGGAGAUGAGCUGAUGGAGGUCAACGGGAUCCCUCUGGAUGACAAGAAACCAGAAGAAAUCAUUCGUAUCCUGGCUCAGUCACAGGGGGCCAUCACGUUUAAAGUAGGUCCUGCUGGGAGAGACGACGUACCCCUCAGAGAGCCAAAGGUAUUUCUGCGAGCGCUCUUUGACUAUGAUCCAAGCAAAGACAAUGCCAUCCCUUGUAAAGAGGCUGGUCUGGGGUUCAAGAAAGGCUCGAUCCUUCAAAUAAUGAGCCAAGGAGAUGCAACAUGGUGGCAAGCAAAGCAUGAAGGGGAUGCUAAUCCACGGGCUGGUCUGAUCCCAUCCAAACAGUUCCAAGAGAGGAGAUUCGCACUAAGGCAGCCUGCUGUGACACAGCCACUGCAGCGGACCCUGAGUAGGCGAUCCUCUGGCUUCAGGAGAAGCUUCCGGCUAAGCAGGAGAGACAGGAAGACCAACAAGUCCAUGUAUGAGUCCAAGAAGAGCCAAAUAUACGACAUGGCUGACGUCCCCACGUACGAGGAGGUGGCCCCCUACUGCAGGCAGAGAGGAGCUAAACACAGGCUGGUGGUCCUAGUGGGACCCACUGGUGUCGGCUUGGAUGAACUCAAGAAGAAACUGUUGAUCUCUGACCCUCAGCACUUCGGUUUCACCAUCCCACAUACCACUCGGCCCAAGAGGAACCAGGAGAGCGAUGGUGUGGAGUACCACUUUAUCUCCAAACAUCUCUUUGAGACGGACAUCCACAACAACAAGCUGGUGGAGUACGGUGUGUACAAUGGGAAUUAUUACGGAACAAGUCUGGGCUCUGUCCGCUCCAUCCUCUCCAAGAACAAAGUCUGUCUAAUGGAUGUCCAGCCUCAUACAAUAAAGUUGCUGCGAACAGCUGAAUUCAAACCCUUCGUUGUGUUUGUGAAACCUCCCCCAAUUGAAAGACUGAGGGAAACGAGAAGGAACGCCAAAUUUCUCCCAGGCAAGGAUGACAAAGGAUCUGCCAGACCUUUCACGGAGGAGGACUUUAAGGAGAUGUUGAACUCUGCUGAGGUGAUGGAGAGUCAUUACGGUCAUCUGUUUGAGAAGGUCAUAGUGAACGAUGACCUCACUACAGCGUUCAAGGAGCUGCAGUUGGCGCUGAAGCAAGUGGAGACGGAGACUCACUGGGUUCCAGUCAGCUGGACUCACUCCUGAGACCCACACUGACUGGGAAAGGUGGAAAGGGAAGGGCUACAAAAAACAAUGUACAUUUUAAGUCUCUUUUAGUUCAACUGAGACUGAUACCUGAAGUCUGAUGAGAAAUAAACAAGACGGCACAGAUUGGUGCUGAUGGACCUGAGCCUUAUCAAGCUAAAACUGAUCUUUUAACUUUGGGUCAAGUUGGAUUCAGACCUCAGCUGCUGUCUGGUUGGGAUCUCCAGGUUAGAAAAAGCCUGAGGGUUUACCGCUUCUGUCUUAAUGUGGCUCAGGAAGCAUAUCUGGAUCAAACAUCACCGACCUGGAGUGUUGAACAAUCUGGACCUUCAUAGAACCAGCGGUUCCUCCUGCAUAAGAAAACCAGGACUCCAUCUUUAGGGUGUUUAAAACAUUAAACUUGUAGAAAACCAAAGGGAAGAAUGUUUUUCUGUUUGGUGGACUGUUUAGAACUGAUGUCAGUUAAAUAACUUUGAGGGAAAACAGGGAGAAAGAAACAAGCAAACAUGUCUUCUAUCUUAUUUCUGUGCUUAAAGAGCUUCAGUGACUGUUGGUCCAAAUGGAAACACUGCAGCUACUCUCUCUAGAAAUGGCAACGACUGUCACUUUAUUUAAAAGGAAAUUAAUAUAUUUUCUAUAAACAUUUAGUUCUUUUUAAAAUACUUUCUAUGAAAAUGUUUCACUUUAAGGGAAACUUGAUCUCAGCUGUAGCGCCUCUUACUUACUAAAAGCAGAAACAUCUCUUCGUUCAUUUAGGUGUUUAGAUUUGAUUUUUCCAGCCUGGUUUUUUCCUACAAAGCUUCUUCAGAGGUUUUUUUUUUUAUUUAGCUGUUGUAUGUUCCAUCCUGGAGCUUUUAGAAUCAGUCCAGCACACCAGUUUCGUCAUUUAUAGAACUGAGCACAUCAGUCUUUAACAAAAAGUUUCACUAUUGUGUUUUAUUAGGGUGGAGUUUUUAUUUUUAUUCAUAUAAACAUGGUUUCAGUGAGGCUGCUAAGUUCAGGACCUUCAGGAAGUAGCUGCUCUGGAUUUAAUGAGCAUUACAGGUUUAUUACUAGAGUCACUCAGUCUUACUGACUCAUACUUAGUUUUUGUCCAAUUCUUUCUAAUGUAUGUAUCAAAGAAACACUUUAAUUUCUUCUGAACAGGUUUCUUAAUUAAAAGUUUUCUCCUCGGCUGGUUUUGUUUAGUUGAUGUAAUUUUCAUGUAAACAGACCAACAGUUUCCGUGACGGUGGGCCCUGACCCACAGCUGUCCACAACUCCUAUGAUAAAUUAUUUAAAUGAUUGAUCAGUGCUUCCAGAGUUUAUUACUCCAUCUUGUCUUUACCUUUAUGACACCUGGUCUAUAGAAUCAGAUUUGUUGUUUAUACAAGAGAGGUUUUGAUUCCUUUAUGUAAAUUAUGGUGUUAAUCAGGCAAGUUGUAUGAAAUUUAAGUAGAUUUCUUAUUAAAGAAAAUGAAACAUCUCUUCUAA